GGCGUUUGCGAGCCAGGGUGCUGACACUGCUAACAUGAGAUAAAUAAAUAAAAUUACUACUCUUGCGAAUAAUUAUUUUUAAUCUAAAUAUUAAUUUCUUUCUUUUUUUUCAAUGGAUGAUGUACAAAACAUUAGAAGCAAUAAUUUGCUGAUCACUGAAAAUGGUAGCAACCAGAAGCAGUUGCAACAUAUUCUAUUUGAGACCGCCAUACGAUAUGCUACUGGGAACAAACAUGUAAUCUUCGUAACAGAAAAACCAAUUGACAGCGUUCCACCAGAAGUCUUUAGCAAUUACAACACAAUCUACAAGAAAAUUAUUUUUGUAUACUCCAAAUCGGCUGAAGCAGUCCUACUAAAGUUAAAUGACAUCAAAGCCUGGAAUUUUACGCCCGCAUUGGUCGUGUUGGAGUCAAUUCAGAACCUGUUGCGGAAGCCAUGUGGCGGCGGUAGAGUUGGUGAGGAUCUAAACUUUACCUACUGUACCUUUUUGGCAUCGGUUCUGGACGCCGUCUGUUACUAUUCGCGCAAGCUGGGCGAGCGAUCGCAGUGCAUUAUAACGGUAUCGAGGGAUGUCAUCGAUAUGGGGCACCUGAUGGUGGAACAAUUCUUCCAAGAGUCUAAUGUCGUUUGCAGUAGGGAUAUCAAUUCAUAUUCUGACGCGUUAGAUUUAUUGCGUGAAUGUCGUUAAGUUUAUGAUCAGCUAAGGACCCAUCGUAUGUUCAAUAAAAAUAAUUUUACGUACCUUUUAA